CGAGACAAGAUGUAAGACGUAAUUUGUACAUCAUGUCGGCAAUUGAUUCAUGGGCUUGGCCCAAAAUAUGAUUAACCUAGCUUCCUAUGCGCCGGUAAUGGCGGCAUAACCUUUUCACCUCUUUCAAACCAACUUGCAAUCCCUUGACAAAGAUGAGACAUCAUUUUGUUUCACCGCGUGCGCAUACGUCGCCACGUCUGGUGUCUAAUAUAAGGGACUCGGCUUAGAAACCGGUAAGGAUUUUUUAAUCUCAUUAUUUCCGCAAGCUAAAUCGCGCGUUGUCCCAAUUAAAUAUAAAUAUAACUUUUUAUAACAUAACCUCUCUAAAACCUAGAACAUUCUCUUUGUUUCUAGGGUUCCUUUGGCUAGGCCUGUCCUUUGGCUGGGCCUACUUCUUCCCUUGGCUCUUGGCCCUAUGGCUUUUGGAAGAUCUAGGGUGGUGUCGCACCAUGCUAGAGGGGAAGCCGUCUUCUCCACUUAAUUUUUGGACUCGAGGUGAAGUGUUUAUUCGAUAAAACUGUGAGUUAAAAACUUAUAUUUACAUUAGUGACUGUGUUCCUUUGCUGGAAAGGAUAAACAAUAUUUAAGUCUGAAUUUCUUUUUAACGUGAACUUUCUACAUGGUAAAUUCUAUUAUUAUUAUGAAACCUGUAAUUCCUAUGUAGGAUUUUGUGUGUAUUGCAGGCCCGAGUAUGCCUGAGAUGUACUUAAGUUAAAUUUAAUUAGUAAUAGUUACGGUACGUAAUUUAAAUGUUAAGUCUCGAGGCCGCAGCAGGUCUUAUUGUGAUGUAAAGUGAAUAAAAGUAUUUAGUAAAUAAAUUUGUAUUUUCAUUUGGAUAUGUCAUACGUUUGAUGAGUAUAGUAUCCUGGCGUCCUACUUUAAAUAUUUGGAUAUCUAUUCUCACUCCAUAGUGGCAGAAACCACGACCCUAUCUAUGCUCGUAGUUAGCCGUAAGCAUUUUUGAAUUUUUAAGUAGGUAGAUCUUGGGGGUUCUGGACCACUUACCCAGAGCUCACCCUCCCCUAUUACAGUGGCGUGCCCAACGUAUGGCCUAUGGAGUAUGACAUUUCCAAGUGAAACAUUUUAGAAAUAUUUUAGUAUUAAGGUUUUUAUAUGUAAAGGGAAUUGCAAAUUGUUGUUUGAAAGUGUUGUUUGUGUUGGAGGUUAAACUUAUAAAUUUAACCAAUUUAUAAAUAAAGCUAUACUUUAUACGCUAAAUAAUUAGCUAUACUUAAAGAGAUUUUCUCAAUAUUUUAAAAUACUUUAAAAGGGUUAAAAUCUAAUAAAAUUUUAACUUAUCUUUAAAAUAUUAUAACUCUAUACCUGAAACUGACUUACUUCUGAUAUUACAUAUCAAUCUCGAAAAAUGGAUUUCAUAAAAGCUGGUUGUAAAAUCACCCAUUUACAUAAAGACGAAAUGUCACAUGAAUUAGCGAUUCGCAGACUUCCGGUUAAUCCCAUCUCACGUAGAUCCAGUCUGUGUCAAGCUUUAAAACAGACUGCAGAUUUAGCCAAAAAGGGUAGUCUAAAGUUCCAGGACUUGGUAAUAAGUAAUGAAGCUUCCGAAUUAGAACUCUGUCAGCAUAAGGUAGAGGAGAUAGAGUUAGAAGCAAAAGGAGAAUUAUCAGCAGCGGCGAUCGACAGGCUAUCCUCGCGUUGCAAAUAUCUAUUGUGUCGUAUUUCACGGUUGCCCCAGGAGACCGAAGCGGUACUUCUGUUGAAAACGUUAAUUACCUCUUUAUUGGAUCGGUUGAAUGAGCAAGGCUCUUCUGCGUCGUCUGGUUCAGAUGAUGACUUUCAAUCUCCUAACGAAUCUCGUAUUGUUAGGGAGAUUAUUUACAAAACGGAUAAGACUUUUAAUAUAAAUUCUUUAAAUUUGAAAUUUAAAGGUGACACUUGUGUUCGUACUUUCCUGUCUCGCCUCGAAGAGUUGCGAGAUGCUAGAAGAAUUUCCGAAAGCCGAAUAUAUAGAGGUUUUCCUGAGAUUCUCGAAGGUCCUGCGUUGUCGUGGUUCCGGUCGCAACGUACGAAACUUACUACUUAUAAAGAAGUCACCGCGGCUUUACAAGAUGAAUUUGAUAUACCUGAUUUGGAUCAUCAGUUGUUACAGGAAAUACGGGCUAGGACUCAAGCCAAGUCUGAAACUAUUGUUUAUUUCGUAUCGACCAUUCUAGGAAUGUAUGAGCGUCUUGCAAAAGAGGUUCCUGAACAAGAGAAGCUGGAUACUAUGAUGAGAAACAUUCGUCCGGAGUAUUCCAAAGAUUUAGCUUUACAUGACAUAGGAUCGAUUGAGCAGUUGAAGUCGUUGUGUAAACGCAUAGAACUAGCACAGGUUAAGGCUAAACAAUUUCGUGAACCGGUUUUAUCAAACCAGUCAAAUAAUUCUUCAUCAGAACUUCCACUAAAGAACGUUGAACCUAGGAAUAAGUCCUUCCAGUCUCGUUUUCCUAAUUCCUCCAGAAACUUUGUUGCUGCGGCAGCACAAAGCUCUUCUCAACUAAAAUGUUUUAGAUGUGGUAGGUCCAACCAUAACACUAAAGAGUGCAAGAGCUCUAGAGAUAUCGUUUGCUUUAAAUGUGGAGAAAAAGGGGUGAAAACUCCCGAAUGUGUUAAAUGUAACUCUAAGACAAAAAACUAAAUAAGGUCUUUUCUGUUAAUAAUAAAUGUCGAUCUUCUGCUCCCUAUCGCGCAGAAAAGACGAUUUUCUUUAAUCCUCCAAAGGGAGACAAUAGGGUAUAUGCGCUAUUGAAUAUACUUAACUUGAAUUUCAAGGCAUUGUUAGAUUGUGGUGCCAGUGUUAG